UCGGGAAUGUCUGCGCUGUUUGCACAGAAUAUGGGCGGAUAAAUGUGAAUAUGUCGAGUAGAGGAAGGAAAAACCUUUGGACCGUUUCCUCUGUCACGGGAUAGUCAGGCCAUCGUAAAGAAAAUCAUCAACAAGAAAAAAAAAUAGGCCCCAAAGUUUCAAGAGGAAAAAUGGAGCAUGUGUGUAUUAAAUCCCAGCAUUGCUGAGUUCCUGAAAAACACUCUGGGCGCUUUGAGGACAUUUUAAGAACAGGAGACAAGGUUUUAAAAUCUCCUAAAAAUGGCAUCUGUGCAUUAUAAUCCCUGGUUGGAUUCCAAAGAUGUUAAUGGAAACGGUGUGAUGGAAGAGGCAGAGGUUCAAAUCGAUGAUGGAAAAGAGGAAAGUGUGGAACCAGACACUAUGUACUCCCGUGUUAGGAAAAUGAUAUGUCCUUUUGUGAUGUCUUUUGGUUUUCGUGUCUUUGGACUGGUGCUCAUACUUGUGGACAUUAUUCUGGUCGUGGUUGACUUAUCACUGUCAUCUGAGAGCCGUCAGAAUGUGGGGACAACUUUGGAGGCCAUCUCGCUUGUCAUCUCCUUCUUUUUCCUCAUUGAUGUGCUCCUUCGAAUUUUUGUAGAAGGAUUUAAGGUUUACUUCAGUUCCAAGCUGAACAUCAUGGAUGCCUGCAUUGUCAUCAUCACCCUGGUUGUCACUAUGAUCUAUACUUUCUCGGAUUUCUCAGGAGCGAGCCUUAUUCCCAGGUUAGUCACAUUCCUGAGGUCCUUGAGAAUAUUAAUCCUGGUGCGUAUCUUCCGACUGGCCUCCCAGAAAAAAGAGAUGGAGAAGGUCACUAGAAGAAUGGUAUCAGAGAACAAAAGACGGUACCAAAAGGAUGGAUUUGAUUUGGAUCUUACAUACGUCACAGACAGAGUCAUUGCUAUGUCUUUCCCCUCAUCUGGGAAGCAGGCUUUGUACAGGAAUCCUAUCAGAGAAGUUGUCCGAUUCCUCGACACUAAACAUCUGGAUCACUACAAAGUGUAUAACCUCUGCAGUGAGAAAGGCUAUGAUCCCAAAUUUUUCCAUUAUAGAGUGGAACGUGUGAUGAUUGAUGACCAUAACGUGCCGUCAUUAGAGGACAUGCUGCGAUACACAGCCAGUGUGAGGGAGUGGAUGGCUGCAGACUCGCGCAACAUCAUCGCUAUCCAUUGCAAAGGGGGAAAAGGACGUACAGGGACGAUGGUCUGCACGUGGCUAAUUGACAGUGAUCAGUUUGAAAGUGCACAGGACAGCCUAGACUACUUUGGUGAAAGGCGCACGGAUAAAAGCAUGAGCUCAAAAUUCCAGGGUGUUGAAACUCCGUCUCAGAGCCGGUAUGUUGGAUAUUAUGAGAUCAUGAAGAACAAAUACAACCGGCAGCUGCCCCCAACGAAAAGCUUGAAAAUCAAGAGUCUGUGCAUUCACUCAGUUGCAGGUGUUGGAAAGGGCAAUGGCAGCGAUCUGAAAGUUUGCAUCAUAGUGAACAAAAAGCAGGUGUUCCAGUGCGUCUGUGCCAAACAGGAGAACUGUGCGCUGUUCCCUGAUGCUGGAAACAAUGCAGUUGUGAUCAGUUUACAGAAUGGCCCAGUGGUUUGUGGUGAUGUGAAAGUCAUGUUUGAAUCGAGUGCUGGCCUUCCAAAGGGAUAUGAAGACUGUCCAUUCUAUUUCUGGUUUAACACAUCAUUUAUUGAGAACUGCAGGCUGUAUCUUUCGAGGGACGAACUGGACAACCCCCACAAAUCCAAGACCUGGGACAUCUAUAAAGAGGACUUUGGUGUGACCGUGUCAUUCACUGACCCCUGAAAGUUAAUGAUCUGAUGCAAUCCGUAGUUUAACACUAACCCUGUUUCUAUACCCUACUCUAACUUGAUGAAUUGUCACUGAGCCAUUUAUAGGAUUGAAGCCAGAAUGCUGUUACUCCUUGUUCAAGAAGGGAAAUGUUUAGAAAAUGGUACAAUAUUUGGCAACACAGAUUUGAAGGAAACGUUCACAUUUUUCCAAAAUGUUGCAAUUUUCUUGUACACUUGACUGGCCGGAUAAAAAGCUUGAAUUGAA